UUCAUCUCAGCUUUGGCUUUCCUCUGCCUCUCAUCAUCACAAUUCCUUCUUUGGGAAAAAUCCCAGGACCUAGACUCUGACACUACUACAGAACCUGCACCAAAGCCAACAGAAUAUUGCAAAUGUGUUGGAGAGAAAGGAGAAAUGGGAGAACCUGGAAUAGAUGGGCAAAAUGGUACCCACGGAUUACCUGGUCCCACAGGUUCAGCAGGUCCCGCAGGUCUGACAGGUCCAUCAGGUGCAACGGGUGAACAAGGCGUGAAAGGAGAAAAAGGUGAGCCAGGAAUGCAACCAAGAAUGCCCCCACCACCACGACAUCCACGGCACGUAAACUGGAAGCAAUGUACUACGACUGAAGGUUCAGACGAACAAAAUGGAGUAUUACUCAGCUGUCCAUUCAAUAAACAUCGUAAUGAAUCUGCACUACAUGUGGAGUUCGGAGGAACUCUACGAACGAUGCUCCUUCCUUUGGCUACAAAUCCACCUUUGUCACCAGAACUUUGCAAAUGUGUUGGAGAGCCUGGAGUGAUAGGAGAGGUAGGUGCGAAAGGUGAGGCAGGACCAAAGGGAGCAAAUGGAGAGCCUGGAAGUGAUGGACAAAAUGGUCAGAAAGGAAGGCAAGGAAGAAAGGGUGUACCAGGUGCACCAGGUACAAGAGGUGAGAAAGGAGAGAGAGGUCCACCAGGAGUCACACCAACAUUACCCCCAAUUCCACAGCAAGUAAACUGGAAGCAGUGUGCUCAGAGUAAGGGCUCAGACAAAACUGCAGGAACAUUACUCUGUUGUUCCUUCGAAAAAUACGAAGAUAAAACGUCACUACGUGUAGAAUUUGGAGGAACUUUACGGACAAUGCUCAACACCUUAAAGAGAAAACAAAGUGUCGUUUGUGCUCGAUGGUACUUUACAUUUAAUGGUGAAGAAUGCCAACCACCAAUUGACGGAGUCGUUUUUGAGGGUCAGAAAGGCAAUUCACAUUAUCCUCACCAAAUCGGUGGGUAUUGCCAAAAAACUGCAAGUAACAAACAUCUCAAAACUGGCAAAGUUAAUAUUGAAUUUCGCAUCGGGCAUUGCCAUCAUAGACGACCAGAAGGUAUCCCUUAUCUUGGCUUGGAUUCUGUUUCACGAGUCAUAAUCACUGAAAUGCCACCACCUCAGGAUUAAAGCUGAGCUCUAAGCUCUUGCAGAACUGAUGCCAUUAACUGAUAUUGCUCAAGUUAUACACAGCAAUAAGUAGUUGCUACAUGUAUAUGUCACUUUGCUGUUAAAUGGAUGUUACACUAUGUACGUGUGCUGCGCUUCUAAUCGAAUCUUGCUGAUUACUCAGAUAAGC